UGACCUAUGGGCAGGCAGCAUGCUGGGAUGUGUAGUCCAUCCGGGACGGGGACGCCCCCUCGGAUGAAUGGGGCCUCUUCUGAUUGCGAACUACAGUUCUUCCGCAGGCAGAGUCCGUGGCUGCCUUAGGGAAAGGGAGGACCGCUGCGACCCUAGAGGAGAGAACACUCCGGAACUGUGGCGAUAUGCUGUGCAGGCUUUCUGGGCUAGCGGUAUAAGCGGGGGCUUGUCUUGCACGCUCGCUCCUCUUCCCCUGCACCGGCAAUGCGCCCGGCCUUUGCGGUGGGCCUGGUGUUCGCAGGCUGCUGCAGUAACGUGAUCUUCCUAGAGCUGCUGGCCCGGAAGCAUCCAGGAUGUGGGAACAUCGUGACAUUUGCACAAUUUUUAUUUAUUGCUGUGGAAGGCUUUCUUUUUGAAGCUGAUUUGGGAAGGAAGCCACCAGCUAUCCCAAGAAGGUAUUAUGCUGUAAUGGUAACCAUGUUCUUCACUGUCAGCGUGGUGAACAACUAUGCCCUGAAUCUUAACAUUGCCAUGCCCCUGCAUAUGAUAUUUAGAUCUGGCUCUCUAAUUGCCAACAUGAUUCUAGGAAUUAUCAUUUUGAAGAAAAGAUAUAGUAUAUUCAAAUAUACCUCCAUUGGCCUGGUGUCUGUAGGGAUAUUUAUUUGCACUUUCAUGUCAGCAAAGCAAGUGACUUCCCAGUCCAGCGCGAGUGAGAAUGAUGGAUUCCAGGCAUUUGCAUGGUGGUUACUAGGCAUUGGUGCACUGACUUUUGCUCUUCUGAUGUCAGCAAGGAUGGGUAUAUUCCAAGAGACUCUAUACAAGCAAUUUGGGAAGCAUUCUAAGGAGGCUUUAUUUUAUAAUCAUGCCCUUCCACUUCCUGGUUUCAUCUUCUUGGCUUCUGAUAUUUAUGACCAUGCAGUUCUAUUCAAUAAGUCUGAACGAUAUCAACUUCCGGUGAUUGGUGUGACAGCCCCCAUCAUGUGGUUCUACCUGUUCAUGAAUGUUGUCACGCAGUAUGUGUGCAUCCGGGGUGUGUUCAUCCUCACGACAGAAUGUGCUUCCCUCACUGUCACACUCGUCGUGACUCUACGCAAGUUUGUGAGCCUCAUCUUUUCCAUCUUAUACUUCCAGAACCCUUUCACUCCGUGGCACUGGUUGGGUACCCUGUUUGUCUUCAUUGGGACCUUAAUGUACACAGAGGUGUGGAACAACAUAGGAACCACAAGAAGUCAGCUGCAGAAGGAUGACAAGAAGAACUGAGGUCUGCCUGGACCACACUGACCAGUGUUGGGGGAGAGGGUCCUCUAGCCGAGGUCUGGCCAUUUCACUUUGGGUAAUGCCAAAGUACCCCCAGUGUAGAACUGACAUGUCCCAGAGAAGGCUAUCUGAACAAAGUUUGUAGAUUCCAAAUAGAUAACCCUCAGCCCUAAAAUAGAAAAAGAGAAUAGUUCUAUACCUUCAAGCAGCCCAUUGAUUUGCUGUUUUUGUUUUGUUUACCAGAAUAUUCAGAACUAUACUUGUUUGUUGAAUUCCAGAGCCCAGAGUUACUAGUUUUUUGUUUUUGUUUUUGUUUUGUUUUGUUUUGAGUUACUAGUUUUAUAUCUGUGGUCUCGGACAAGAUCAUGCUUUUGUUGCUGUCCUGAUGCUUCUCUACCAUCACUGUUAGAACCAUCCUGUGUCCAUAUCCCUUUUUCCUCUUGUCCUCCCUCCACUCCUCAGCAGCACUUUGCAGUCCAUCAGGCACUCCAGGUACCAUCAUCUACUGAAAAGUAGAGUAGUGAGUGAGCUGAGACCUCAGGAACAUCAGGGUAUUUUGGGAAAGAAGUAGUUGUCCCCAUGAGCGGAGCCCUGGUGACACUGGAGUAGACUGGUUGACCCCUCUUUCUCAUAUUUCACCCACACACACACACAAAUCAGUCUUUUCCCAUCUGUUUUCUGUGCUUACAGCAAUUCUGUAGCAUCUUGUGGCAUAAUGCUAGUAAAAGAGAAAGGUUUUUUAUGGAUUGGGAAGAGGCUUUUUCCUUAGUCUUGCAUAUGAAGCCCAUUAACCUGUCACUAAUAUGGGGACAGCAGCCUGGCCCAGUACAUCUGGCGCUACUGUACAGCACCCUGAGAGCCUCACAGCUUCUCCUGUAGGCCCAGCCAGAGUGGCAGGGUCAGUCUGCGAAAGGCUUCAGAGCCAGGAGAAUUAGCUCUGCUUGGUAAUUAUGAGAGUUACCACCAGCCAGGUGAAUAGAUAAAAUAUAUAGUAGCUGUGGGUGUGGUGUCUAUAUCAGAUCAGAUCACAAAUACAGUUGAAAGUUACUCUUUUUCUUCUAUAAGGUAUCUUUAAUGGUCAUGUUGGAUAUUUGGGAAAGUUGUAUGUGCUUUAUUAUUUAUUAUCUAUUAUUAUCUAUGCUCUAUUAUCUAGAAACACACUUCUCUUUUACUAAUCAUUUCUUAGGUCUGUUUUUCCUUGGAAGGGAUUAUGGUGCUAAAGAGGAAUGAAAUCAGUAGAGUGUCCAGAAUGUGUAGUUUGUGUGCAAUCGAAGGGAGUGGAAAUUGAACAAAUUUUAUUUGUUCUUUCUUUACUUAGUCCCAGUCCCUCAUUAAAGUCACUGGCCACUUCUCUUUUUCCCAUAGACAAAGGCCUUUCAUUUAAUGCUGGGAAUGAGAUAUGGCUCUCUGGGUCUCCUAGACUUGCUCCUGGCUGUAUUUCACUGGUUAGAUAGUCUCUCAUGGGUCUGAGCAGGGGCAGUGAGCAGAAACGUCCUUAACGACUGGACUGCUUGGGGAAAACAUUCAAACAGUUGCACUUCUUUUGUUACGUAAAAUGUGGAUGCUGUUUCUCUGCCUAAAUCCCUGGGUUUGGAAACGAAUUUGUUAUUCUGGACACUGACACCUUCCAGGUAAUGGUCUAUUCUCAAAGAUGCUGAAUUAGAUGUGAACCCAUUCAUGGACUCAAAAGCUACUUGCUUUGAAAGAUGUGGAGUUCUUUGGAUUGAUGGGGCCAUAAAUAUCAAGUGUUAACUAUCCUCUUAAAAAAGAAAACAACAAAAACUACUUUUUUCUUGCUGUGUAAUAGAAGAAUCUGUCCUUUGGGGCUAUUUGAUUGCCACAGAUCUAGAGUCUCUGGUAACUCUUAAUGGGAUAUAGCCUUACCUAACAUAGUACCACCCUUUUUAUGUUGAUGGGAAAUACUACAAUUUAUAGUUAUUUGAGAUGGGUUAAUGUACAGUCAGGAUUUAACUAGGCCCAUCAGGUUUUAGAUUCUGGUUUUAGACUGGUUUCUCUCAGAGUGAACAUCUCUCCCAGUCUUAUUAAUAAUGGAUAUGUAUGGAGAGGUAAUAUAGAUUAGAGCACUCAUACAACAAAAUGAGCACUCAUAGGUGCAGAUGACUUGAAACACUCUUCGAGUUGUUUUUAUCUCAAGUUGUUACCUGUAAGAAAGUAUGUUUAAUGGACAUCAAUGAAUACUUUUUAAACCACUCUUUAAAAAAAUUUACUCCCCUUUGUUAACUGAUUUUUCAAUUCAGGUUGAAUGUUUUUCUAACUCUUAUUUUUUAGAAUGGCAAAUAAACCAUUUUACAGAGGAUCUAAUUUACAGCUCAAUGGAGGAGAACUAUUAAUUGCCUUUCCUGUUUCUCUGGGUCAACACCAUGGGUUUUGUGCUUCAGAGAUAGAAAGCAUACAGUUUGUUUAUAAAGAGUUUAGUAUUUAAGACAUCUGCCCUAGAGCAAAACUCGGAUCACAAAGGACACUAGCAGAACAUGUGUGUGUGCUCCUGUGUGUCUACUUAACACCUUGGCUGGUACAGCAGAUAAGGCAGGAAAAAAUGGUGAAAGUUUGAAUUAUAUUAAUACCUACAUAGUCUUUAUGAAAAAUUUUAUAAUGUUCUUUUCAUUUUAUCAGUAAUUUAUUUUUUUAUUUGAUUCAGUGCUUUAAAAAAAAUCAGUAUUGAAGAUAGAACCCAGGGUCUCACAGAUAGUUUUCAUUUUUUUUUUCACCCAGCUAAAACCACCAUUAAUACACUUGGUGAGUUUAUGUCAAAUUCCACAAUCCAAAGAGUUGAUGGUUUUGUUGUUUUCCUUUUUCCUUCUUCCUGCUCGGAUGAGGAAAAUGAAUGUUGUAGGACUUUAAUUUGGUCAGUACUAGAAGCAGAGGAAAACCAUGAAAGCUGAGUUGAUUUGUUCCAGCCAUAACCCACCUCUUCUGUUCUGGGAACAAUACAUGAUAUUUUUAAGGACUCUAAUAAAUAUCUUGUAGGUGUUUCCUGAGCAACCUCCACCCCCCACUUCUUCACUUCCUUACUUGCACUUCCAUUUCUUCACCGUAGCCUCCACUCUUGCGUGGCGUUUUUCACCAAGCAAUGCCUAUCAUUUCAGAUCCCUUUAUGUCUCUAUUCCUUGGGGCCUCUGGAAAGUUUUGUGGAUUUUUACAGGGUAUUUAUAUCUGUGCAGCAUGUAUUUUGUUACACAAUUUUAUAACCAUUGAUGUUAAGGGUAUGCAUCUGUAUGGGUGAAAAUCUGGCAGAGUACAUGAAUAUAUGUAUAGAUGAGUGUGAACAUGAAAGGUUAGUAUGGAAAUGUUGGUAUAUUCUAUUACAGCUCAGAGGUCCACCAUUCCCUUCUAUAUUUGCGAAACAGUAGUUUUCUUAUGUGGAGCUUUUUAACUCAGACUUUAGCUGGCCUCACUUAGCACUGCCGGAUAACCAAUAGGGAGGGCAAGUACAAAACAUUAGGAGCAAUUCUGAGCUCUGGGUGCUGGACAUGUUCAUCAGGGGACCAGUUGGCACUGACUUGUGCAGAUACACAAACUCAAAGGAGAAAAAUGACAUUGUAGAGAUCUGAAACCAAGAUCUUACAUUUGUUGUAUUUUGUCCUCUCUUUGGCUUGGAAUAUAUAAAAUUAUGAUUAAUUCUGUCCCUAUUAGAUAAGCAAACCAUUUUGGUCUUGGUAGCUUUCUUCUGAAAAAUGUGACUGAUGGGGCCAGGGAUUUAACUCAGUGGUUCCGCCACCUGCCUUGCAAGCACAAGUUCCCAAGUUCGAUCCCUGGUACCCCCCAGCAAAAAAGUGACUGAAUCUUAUUAGUGGCAGUUCACACUUAGAUGAAAAGAACUGUAGGUACAGGUACAACCCAUUUACUGUUCUGUUACUAUUGGUUGGUGUGACAUUUGAAAAUAGGUGUAAUCCAUAUUUGUAAAUAAAGAACUAGUCCUAAGUCUUGGAAUAUGUUCAAGUGUUCCCAGAGACUAGCCUCUUGGCUUGGUAGUGUGUUCUUUCUUCCCACAGCUUCCUCAGUGCAGAUAUUCCAGAGAUGGGAAGAGCCCCAGGGAUCAGUCAUAUCUAAUUCAUUUCUGUAUCACCAGCCCCUGGCAUAGUGUCUGACCUGUGUUACGUGAAUAAAUGAAUGCUUGCCAAGAUCUCUUCCUCCCUCAAGUUUCUGAGAAACCUUUUAAUGGUUCCUGAUACUGUGCCCAUUCCUCAUCAGCUGGCUGGCAAGAAAGGUAGUAAGGGGAAACAUGCCAGAGGUUCUGAGCAAGAGAAGGAGUGGAGGAAUUUGGGGGGAUUGGUAUGGUAUGCCAGGUACUAUCCAGGUUUUUGCUCUCUUGAUUGCCUGGUGGUAGGAGGGAAGAGCAUUAUAUAUUUAGCACCUUAUGUAUCUGGUGCUCAGGAAGAAAGUAUAAAGAGAUGCCAAUCAAAGCAUUAAAGAUUCCUAAGAGUUUCUGAAGUGGCUAAGGUGACCAGCCCCACCCUCACAUGCCCGUAGCUGGUGGUGUUAAUGUGUAUCGGCUGCUGCCUGGAAAGCACUGUGUUUGUCUAUGCUCAGUUAUCAACCUGCAGCACCUCCCCUGAACUUUACCUACUUAAACUGCUGCCUGCUACCCAUCUUAGCAAAAGGGAAGCUGCAAGGGAACCAGAGCUAGGAGAGAAAAGAACACUCGUUCUCCCUGACAAAAAAUGAGGCCCAUACUGAAGAAAAGUCAUGAUUCCUUUGGCACAUUGAAUUAUUUACAUCUUUUGAGAUGUAAAGAACAUUCCUGUUAACCAAAGGUGGUGGUGAUUCUUCCCCAGUCCCUAAAAACGUCUUUUUGUGUCACAAUUGCAAGUCAUUUCUAUGCUGCUUGCUUUCCUUCCAGAGAAUGGCUUCAUCUUCCAAAAAAAGAUGAUGAUUUUAUAAGUGCAGUCUCCUAACAAAUUAUGUGUAGAGGGGGGUAGUGAGGAUUUUAUGUAUUCAGCCUCUGAGCUCUUCAUUAAGUAUUACAUUUUUAAGAACAAAGAUCAGGGGAGGACGAGAGGUAGCAGCCAAGUAUGUAGAACAGCCAAAAGACAUUAGUGAGUAUUCAGACUUGAGCUGUGUAAAUAUCCAACAUCGGCUUCCAGCCUUAUGAGUUAUUUGAACAGUUAAGAAGAAAAUGGAGAUUUUGUGAAUAAAAUGUUUUGCCAAAUUGAA